AUGUCUCAAGUCUCUAAGUUUUUAAAAUCUCAAAGUGUAUCAGUAAUCGGUGUCCCAUUCAGUGGAGGUCAACCCCGUGGUGGCGUAGAAGAAGGUCCUUGUCGCCUUGUGGAGUUUGGCUUGUUGAAUCAAAUCGAAGAGUUGGGUUGGGCAGUGGAUUAUGAAGGCAAUGAAAAUAUCACUUCUUUACAACCCAAGGAGGAUCCUGAUACCUUAAACCUGAAGCAACCUAAAUAUGUGUCUGCAGUCACUCAACACGUAUCCAAGCAAAUCUAUCAAUCUGCCAAGGAAGGCAAAUUUGUCUUGACUUUGGGUGGUGAUCAUUCUAUUGGCAUCGCUACUGUCUCCGGUGUCUUUGGUGCUUAUCCUAACGCUUGUCUCAUCUGGGUGGAUGCACAUGCUGAUAUUAAUACUCCCGCCAGUACUGAUUCUGGUAAUAUUCAUGGCUGUCCCGUCAGUUUCCUGGCUGGUAUUGCAGGAGAUCAUCCUGAUUUCGCUUGGGUGCGUCCCUUGUUAAAGACAGAGAGAUUAACUUAUAUUGGUUUGCGUGAUAUUGAUGCGGGUGAGAAAAAGAUUAUCAAGGACCUCGGUAUCAAGGCCUUUUCCAUGCAUCAUGUUGAUAAGUAUGGUAUUGGUAAAGUGGUGGAAUUAGCGCUUGAUCAUGUUAAUCCCAACAGAGAUUUACCUAUUCAUCUCUCAUUUGACGUGGACGCAUUGGAUCCAUCUGUCGCUCCUAGCACAGGUACUCCCGUACGUGGUGGUUUGACCUUCAGAGAAGGUCAUUACAUCUGUGAAGCCAUUGCUGAAACUGGACUUUUAGUGGCUGCUGAUAUUAUGGAAGUCAACCCUACUUUAGAAGAUACCAAUUCCGUAUAUCAAACCGUUCAAGUCGGCUGUUCCCUUGCACGUUGUUGCUUAGGUGAGACAUUAUUGUAAAUAAUAAAAAAGAUAACUAUCUUAUCUAUUUCACACGCUUUUU